UGAUUUUUUUUUCUUCUUCACAGAUUUCCAGUCUCCUCCCAGUACCUCAGGCAGUCUGGACCUUAAGGAACAGAUAAGAAAGCUUCAGUUAGCAAUUCAUCAAAAGACAAGGCUGGAAAUUGGUGAUGUUGUCAGAGUUCGGGGCUCCAUUCGGAUCUACAGACAGCAGCGGGAAAUCAAAGCCUCCCUGUAUUAUAAAGUUGAUGAUCCUAUGUUUGAUGUCCAGAUUGCAAGGAUGCUAGAACUCCCUAAUUUGUACAGAGACAUAUAUGAUACGUCAUUCCAGUUUCCAGAAGAGGUACAAAGUGGCAGAAGUAUAGCAGACAUGUUGGGCUCCAUCAGUAUACUGAGUGAAAAAAUAAGAGUCUUCCUGAUGCAGAACAAAAUUCAGAGCUUCUAUAAGCAGGACUUGGAAACAGUGAAAGAUCUUGUAUCUCUGGUCAAGGAUGGAGGUCAGAGUACCAAUGCUGAACAAGUGAGUAAAAGUUACUUUGCAUGCAUUUAUCUUCUUGUCAGGUCAAGUGAGAGCCAUGCAGUUGUUGUGAAUUUAAGAACACAAAACCUGCACCAAUUAACAGUAUGCUGGUAUGCUCUAAACUUUUUAUCUCCAGUAAGGAAGAAUAGAAACUAAUGUGUUAAACCACAGUUAAAGCUUUGAUUCUCAAG